AUGCCCAAGAAAGGUUACGGAGCAAUAAAAAAAGACGAAGAUGAUGAUGACCAUUCCACUCAUCCUGCGAAAUCUGCCAACUAUCUUUCACUUUUCACCUUUUGGUGGAUGAACAGCACAUUCAGAACAGGAAACAAGCGGCCAUUAAACCAAUCAGAUUUCUUUCCGCUGGACGAGGAAGACAGAACACGUGCCCUAACCGAACGUCUCAAAGAUCUGUGGAAUUAUGAAGUACAUCAGUGCAGUACGACUCCUGGUGAACAACCAAAGCUAUGGAAAUGCCUUUUAAGAAUGCUGUCCUAUCGAGAAAUGAUCUUCCUUUUGAGUUUUUGGUUCCUGGAGAGCAUAUUCCUAUUGUUAGUUCCACUGGGGCUCGGGCUGCUUCUUGCGUUGUUAACGGCGACAGAACCGAAUCGACCUCUAAUAUACGGCUGCUGCUUAUUCAUUGGAAUGGCAGGCGUGUUUUCCGCCACCACACAUUACUCUGCUUUUAAAAGCGAUGUUGUGGGUAUGCGCUUUGCCGCUGCCAUCAGAGGAAUUAUUUAUAAAAAGGUGAAGUAAGAUGUCACUCAGAGAUUGUUUUUGUUGUUCUUUCAUUACAAUAUCAAAAUUGUUAAACAUAAUAAUCAUCAUAGUUCACGCAUAAAUGCCUAAAAAAUACCUUCAACCUCAAAGGGUUACCAUUUCGGGCGGAGCCUCCACGUUAAGGCCAUUAUAAAGAAUUUCCCCCUCCCGGUUCGAAAGAUAGAUAGAGAAAAGAGUACUUAUCUGAAACGAACACCCCAACCAUGACUAGGAGAAUCCUUAUUAUGAAGCGAAUAAAAUGAAAUCUGUGAAUAUUGAAAGAGCAUACCAAUUUCAGCUAUCUCUUAUUGAUUGCAAAAGACUGAAAAUUGCAAAAACUACAUCUUUCAACUUAUAAACGCUCGUUAAAGUUGACCCAGCAUAACCUAUGUAGAAACUCCCCCCUCCCCCCCCCGACCCACGCUCAGGAAAAAUCGGAGAAGGAGCGUCUGUGAUUCACCGUCACUAAUACCCCAUUUCCGGUUUUUCCUGAGGGGAGGGGGGGUCUUUACACAGGCUAACCCUGCAGGUAGGGUAAUCUUUCUACCGGGUACAGAUUUCCACCAUAUGAAAGUGACGUAAGAUUUACUGAUUGCGGCAUAUGAACUUAAUAAUAUGAUAAUAAAUUCAUUUUAAUUUGCAGAUUCUUUCGCUCACUCAACAAAGCAGAAUGAAAACAACAGCGGGCAAUAUCAUGGACUUGCUAUCAAAUGAUUGUCAGAGAAUAGAAUAUGCUCCUAGAAUGACGUGUAUCUCCUUCUUCUUUGUUUUCGAUAUCUUCGUUACAUUUUUGAUAGUAGUUUUUCUCAUGGGUUGGCAAGGAAUAAUUGGAGUUGUUUUCCUGACAGCAUUACUUCCUUGUGUCUUGAUUAUCUCAGCUGCAUGUGCUAAACUACGUCGGGAAACCGCUGAAGUGUCAGAAAAGCGUAUUUCACUAAUGAGCGAACUUGUGACUGGUAUCCGUGCCCUGAAGACACAUACGUGGGAGGAAUACUAUGAAGAAAAAGUGAAGGAAGUUAGGAGGUGAGAGGGUGUCCGGUCGUCUCGCUACAGAGUACAGUCGUUUCGCUGCAUAAUGAAGUCGAUUCGCGGCGAAGUUGUAAAGUCGUUUCACUGCAUCAAGAAGUUGAAAACUACUUCAAAGUUUGCUGGUCUCCAUUUAAGGUGGCUCGUACUAGUUUUCUCGCUUGGGGAGUCCAUCGCGCGCGCAUCACACUCCACUUUGUACGCGCGAGAUAAAGAAAAACAAAAAUGGCGACGCCCUGCUUUCUUUAUGCAAGUUUUAAUACUUUCGUGUGAGGUUACUUUUGGCUUGUUUAAAUAAAAUUCGUGUUUAUCUAAUUCUAUUUACACUGUAAAAUCCUGUUUUAACUAUAUAUUUUCAAGAAGACAAUUAUUUCUCCGCUCAAUGCGUAAGUUUCAAAAGGAAUACUUGCAUGCGAUGUGCACUGCCAUCGAUUCGUGAAAGUGAUUAGAAGACCAAUAACACUCUAAGUACUAGCAAAACUAAAAAAUAAUAAACUAGAAUACUACCACAAUUAACCACACUUUAUCUUCCUGGCUACAAUUUCGUCGUUUGGAUCAUGUAACGCGUAACGUCCUCACAAGAACGACGAAGCAAAUUGAAAACUUUAACUUUUUCUUUGCCACUUCGUUUUGUCGCUUGAUCUUGAAAAGAGCGUCCAGAAGGCGAUGUUUUAAGUUACUAAACUUUACACUGAACGGGAAAACCUAAUAACAAUGCGUAAAUUGGACGCAUGUAAUUCUUAUCUUCUCUGCAAUGACUGUAAACAAACUCAAUGGAUGCCUGCGAGUGUACACGCAACAGCCAGCGGUAGUCAACACAGCGCAUGAGUAACCCAUGUUCUUAUAGGAUUCAGAUUUUACAAGCACGAAAACACGGGAGGGAAUUUGUGAAAUCUCGAAGUAUUUCACAUGAAAACUAGUCUGGUGACCGCCUAUUUUCAUUCCUUUAGUAUUUUGUCAGAGUUGAUAGGAAACGCCAGGGAAAAAAUGAAAAAAUUCUCGGAAGGACAUUUGUGCUGAAUAAAAAUGUCCUAUUUUCAACUUUCGCAAAAAAUCCGCUCCAUAGAAUUUUUUUAAAAUCACUGUGUAUUUUCCUUUUCACGCCGGGAAAAAAGGUGGUAAAAAUCGGCCAAAAGAUUGGGUGGGGGCGUGAUAGGCACAAAGAUUUUUGGAGUUCUUGGGGUUAUAACUUCCUUUCCUUUAAAGCUAUGACACUGAAAUUAAUCCGGGCAACAACAGUUGACUCCAGAAAAAUUUUGGAAUAGGCCUUUUGUUCGUCAAGAGUCACUUGACCCUCUAGUGGCCAAUUAAAAAAUCAAAACUCCCAAAGACUUCUCCUCCAAGAGAAUGAAACCUGAAAGUGUGAUACUUUGCAGAAAUAUAGUGCACAUAAAAUUGAAGAACUUGUCCGAUUUGAAAUCUCAAAUUUCAUUUUUGUGACCUCACAACUGAUGACGUCACAAAAUGGGCUUUUUGGUCAUGCGCAGUACUAACCCAAAAAUGGAGAAUUUGAAAGAAAAACUUAAGACAAAUACAAAGUGAAAGUCUCAACUCAUUAGGGCCAUUUAUACGAGAAAAAAAUAAGACGCGUCUUACAUAAGACGCGUCUUAAAUAAGAAGCGAACUGUACCAUUUAUACGAGCAUGUCUUAUCUAAUAAGACGCGUCUUAGCUAAGCCGCGUCUUAUUUUAGACGAAAUGUGCCUUUUAUACGGAAAGUUUGCGUCUUAUUUAAGACGCGUCUUAUUUUUCCUCGUAUAAAUGGCCCUAAUAUCUUCUAUAGUUUAAGAGAUAUUUGUAACAUUCCAAGCAUAUUUUUAAACAAUAUUUGGACACAUUUUGUGGCCGACUUUUAGGCUUUUUUUUUCCCAGCGUGCUUCUAAUGUCCAAAGGUGUCGUCCAAAAAAAUUAGGGAUCAUCGGCUUAGUUUUCUAGUUACCAGUUAUCAGUUAUCAACCAAAAAGUAGGUCCAAAUAAUUCUUAAGAUACAUUGCCAUGGUACUUGCUAAUGACGAAAUGUAUGGUUGUUUUAAGUCAAGCAUUCAUUGUAUAAUUCAACUCUACAGAAGCGCUGCCAUGGCUUUGGAUUGCUUUUUUGCUCUGUCCUUUUAAAGUAAAAACUGUGAAAAAAAAGGGAAACCGGUACGAGCCACCUUGAUUUUCGUUGAUUAACUCAGUGAAAUGGUAAUUAAUUCGUUAGUAUUAACCGUUUGAGGUUAAGUGUCUUUUAAACCGGUUUAUACAAAAAGUCAAUUUCAGUACCAUCCGGACAUGAUGCAGCGAAACGACUUUACAGCGAAACAACUUGUAUAAACACGACUUUGUAGCGAAACGACUGGUAAACGGUGAGAGAGAGAGCCACCUCUCUAUUUUUGAAUUCCCAUAUACCCUGGUUGGCCCCUAAAUCUAAAUAAACAAUUGUUUUCAGAGAGGACUACAUAUUUCCGAGUGAAUUUGUAAACAAUAACUUGGGGGGGGGGGGGGGGGGGGGGGGGACACACCGGGGUUUUUAAAAAAUGAAAAAAAAUGAACUUAAAAGGACAAGAUUUUUUUAAUAAAAAUACUAUUUAAAAAAAUAUUUUUUUACAAAGUUGUUUUUUUUAAAAGAAAGAUAGUGCAUUUAAAUAGCGGCUCUCCCUCCUUUCUUUACUGUGGGGUUUACCUCAUAAAAAAUAAAAUCAAUUUUUGUGGAGGGCGAAAUAUAUGUUCGUAUGGUAGUUUGAAAAAGUAUGUGGGGGGGGGGGGGGGGGGGGCUGAGGGCAAGCACCGUGUAUUAUGAAGAUUCGAAAAUAGUCAUCGUAUAUGGACAAUGUUUAUUAGAUAAAUAGUCAUUUAGAGUACAUGUUCAUUGCAAAUGGUCUUGGUUUAAGAUGAAAGGAUGACCUUUAAAUUUAUCCAGAAGAUAUCAUAUAACAUGACACACGAGGCGUCACAAGGCUUUAUGUGGAUCACUGAUUAUCUUACCUUAUAUGACGUCUUAUGUGGCUCAUAACUUAUUGCCAUUUUCACAAUUGCGUCAUUUUCGUACAACUAACAGAAUUCAUUUCGUUUUUUCUCCUUUCCUUUUGAAAUAAUUGAGGUUUUAAAUAAGUAACAAUAGUAGCCCUAAUUUUCAUAGGAAAACGACAGAUUGAAGCAUUCUGGUAGUUGUGAGUAGUACGAUAGCGUCUUCGUGCAAUUGUCUCAUUUAACAUUUUGAAACGAUUCCUGGCAAAGUAAGGCCAAAGGCCUUCCCCACCGAGGUUUAUAUUAGCACGAGACAAUGAGACAAUGCCCAAGGAGUGUUCGAACGCUACUCUGCGAGGCAAAUAUGUCGUAAUUAUAUUUAGUUUUUCUUGUGUCAAACAAAGUAGAUUCAUCGCAUCUAUUCAAUAAUAGAUCCCAGAUGUCAAAAUGUGGCAAGAGCACUUAGUCUAAUGGCACUUGCCUGGGGCUUGUUGGCCUGAUUCUCAGACGUCCGAUGUCGAUCUCGAAUCCUUCGCUUCCUUUACCUUUUCCGAGGGGAGACGUACAAGAGAAGGGGCUGUGAACGACCUCGGACGUCUGAGAAUCAGGCUAGUGGUUUGUUUGCCCUCUUUUUGGCUUGCCGCAUUUUCACUUUCACCCCAGUGAUCAAUUACCCAAUAAACGCAUUGCAACAUAGAAUCUAUUUGUUUAGCAAACGGCCGAAUGAAUCCCCUGUUCCACGCCGUAUAUCAUUCUCUCUUGCUACUGUAUUAAUAAGGUCAACAGAGAAAUUAAGGAGAAAGCCAGGGCAGAACUUUUAACUUGAAACAACUCCCAUCGUAGCUGCAUUCUAAUUUGAAGGUCUAAAACGUUUUUUCCGGUUUCGCCAAGAACCCUUGUCGCCUCAUCUUCUUCUUUCUCCUCAUAUUUAAAUAAGUUCUUCCAAAAAUGACCUCAAAAAUCGAGCUUUUAGGUACUUCAUAAGGCAAACAUAUUAUCAAAACCGUGCUCGAUUUCAGUUUGGAUAAGACAAAGAAAACAGUUAAUUUUCUGCGAAGUAAACGGACAGUGAAUCUGUUCUCUGAUAUACUGAAUGAAUAUAAAUACAUUGAUCUAUCACUGCAGCAAGCACAACGUAUUCAGUACAUGGUUACUGAAAAUUGUUGAAAAAUAGUAGCUAAACUAACAAAAUAUCCUCCAUGUGGAUAGCAUUCUUUUUCAGCACCUGAAGAACACAUAUCAUAAAUUGCUUUUAUUAAGUAAAAUGUAACAAAAUAUAUGUUCGUUUAUUUUUCAGGUCGGAGAUUUGGGUUAUUCUAAAAAAGAGUACGCUGUUGUCUUUUGUGCAGAGUGGAGAACAGACGUCAGCAAGCAUUGCGACGUUCCUAUCCAUGGUCUCUUUCGUCUUAACCGGUCAUUACAUUUCGACUUUUAAAGCGUUCACGGUUCUCGCCAUAUCAAACGUUCUUACACAGGUUGUAGUUACCAGAGUAGGAGUCUCUGCCCCAUGGUUAUUUGAAGUGUUUGCCUCUCUUGAGAGAAUAGAGUCUUUCCUUUUUGUUGACAAAUUGCCACUCGAAGACAAUCACACCUCCUCCAGUCAAGAAAGCCCUGAUGUAAAACAAGCCGCGGAGGUUAGUUUACAAAAAGAUCAUCAGACUGUUGAAACAAGCAUGGUUAAAAACCAUGAAAAGAUGGUAGGCAAAGUUACAGAUUCAGUAAACCUUUCUGUCUCAAAUCUCAUGUGCAAACUGAAUGGUUCUGGUGGAGAUUCGUUCCUUCUUCAAGACAUAAAUUUCCUCGUCCGUGAGAAAAGUCUCACCGUUAUUACGGGUCCAGUUGGUGGUGGAAAGUCAACGCUUCUGGCCGCCAUCGCGGGUGAGGUGGUUAAAACAAGUGGUAAUAUAGUCUGUCCUGGAUCUGUAGCUUAUAUGCCUCAAUCAGCUUGGGUUUUUUCCGGGACUCUUAGAGAAAACGUUCUAUUUGGUGAACCGUAUGAGGAGAAAAAAUACGCCGAAGUUUUGAAUGCGUGUGCCCUGGUUCAGGAUAUCAACAGAUUUCCAAGUGGAGAUCUUACGUUUGUUGGAGAACAUGGUGUCGUUCUGAGUGGAGGCCAGCUUGCUCGUGUCAAUCUGGCACGAGCUGUGUACGCAGAGGCAGAUGUUUAUCUUCUGGAUGAUCCUUUAAGCGCAGUGGAUGUUAAAGUGGGAAAACACAUAUUAGAACAGUGUAUCUGUAAGCUUUUACGAGACAAGAUUAAAAUACUGGUGACGUACGCAGAGAAUGGUCUGAAAGCAGCCGACCAAGUUGUUGUUCUUCAUAAGGGAUGUCUGGUAGGCCAAGGUACCUACCGUGAACUGCAAGCGGAUGAAAGAAUUCUAGAUAUCAUUCGGGCUGGUUCAAUUACCUCUGACAGCGAAGACGAGGUGAGUACCGACGAAAGUGAGGAAAAGGAAAGACCUCCUUUGUAUAACAAAGACGGCAUGGACAUAGUCGCUGGUGACAAUUUGGAGAUUGCCGAAGAAGAAAGAGCCACAGGAAAUAUUUCAUUUGCUUUGUACUGGAAGUACUUUAGAGGCGGAAUGAAUCCCUUUGCACUUCUAUGUCUUCUUCUCUUCACAGUGUUCAGUCAAGGUAAGGUGGCCUUCUAG